AAAAAUAUAGACAAACAAAAAUUGUAUUUCAAAUAAAAUUUACAAAUGAAAAUGCAUUUUAGUAGUUUAUUAUAACGACAAUAAUUUUAUCUUAACUGUUAAACCUUUUUUUUAUUUGGCUAAAUUACCCAUAAAAACGUUAAAAAAGUAUAACAAAUAAAAGAUAUCCAGAUCGAAAAAACCCUAAUACGUUUAGAAAAUCAAAAUUAAUAUUAAUUUCUAUGGUGAUAAAUGAAGUUUAGCGAUUUUUUCGUUGACAAGUCAAGUACGGGGAAGUUGCAUUUUAUUUUAAUAAUACUCUACUAUGAAGUUAAAUUAGUUCUGUUUUGUUACUGUAACACACCAAGUAUCUUUAUUAUUGAACAAAUUUAUAUCUUUAAUUUAUGGAUAGUAUAUAUAAACUUUAUUUUUGAAUAUUAAUUUUUAAGUAAUUGAACAAAAUAAUUCACUAAUUUUAAUAAGUGUCUGAUUUUUUUCUAACUCCGAUG